UGAGUGUGAUGCCAUGAGGAGGCUUCUCUGUCUAUGGGACAGACAAAUGCAAUAGAGCAAGAGGAGCUUUUAGUUUGGGUGGAUCAUUAUUUCACAGUCAGCCACAAUCUGCAGCAAGUGGGUCUCAUUACCAAGACCCUGUCCUUUAUCUUCCAUUCUGUGUCUAAACAGUAGUCAGGUACUAAGUGAAGUUUGUGCAAGAGAUAAUUAUGUUUGGUCACUUUGUUUACCUGUGAGUCAUGUUUCUAGGAUAUGAAGCUGUUCUGUGGCCAGAGGCUAAAUCAGAGCUGGGGACAAGCCACACUCAUUGAAUGAAGAUAUAACUAAAGCAGCGCUGAGGAAAAUGUCAAGAGAAAAUUCUGCACAGUUGGUUCCCUAUGGCGAUAGAGGACAGUCUUUCCUACCAGCCAUACACAUGAAUCGGGUGGAUGUACUUGAAGGCAGGCUAUCUAACCAGGAGAAGACCACCAGCACCUUGCUAGAUCAGGCCUUCAAGAUAAAAGACGACGUUUCAUCUUUGCGGGGGAUCCAUGGAAGCCAUUGGGAUACAGUGGCCCAAAAGCUGCUAGAAAACCACAUGCAGACAAUUACACAGAUAGUCAAACAGCUCAGUAGAGAUAUUGAGACUUUGGAGAAUGAAAUCCGAGACAGAGAUCAAGUGAGCACGGGAACAAGUUUUGCGGUUCAGAAUUUGGACAAGAGACACCUUUAUGGCAUUGGUGAUCUACGAGGUCGAGUGGCCAGAUGUGAUGCCAGCAUUGCAAAACUCUCUGGGGAUUUGGCCACUACAAAGCACGGAAUUCAGGCACAGGAGAAAGAGAUUCGCAGCAUAAACGCUUCACUGGAAUCACAUAUGAAGGAGGCAGAUUUUAAGGUAAUGCAGCUAUUAGGAAAGAUGGAAGCUUCCAUUUCUGAGCAAAGCAACAAAGUAAAAUCCGCACAGGGGGAGCAACAUCACGAGAUCCAGCUUCUAGAUUUCAAGCUGGGCGGGUUGCUUAAUGACAUACAAGGACAAAUCCAAAAUCACCGCAGAUGGACAGAAUCCCAAAUACAAAAAACAUCCCAAGAGCAGGCUCACAGCUUAGAGCAGCUCCUCAGUGCCAUUCAGCAGAAAAUGGAUAUAUCAGAGAAGAGGCUGCAGGACAAUCUCCAUCACCUUACAAUAAAAGUGGAAAAUACAGCCGAGAUGCAAAGGAUUGAGACUAAGCUGAGCAAACUGAAACAUGCCGAGGACAAAACCAAUGCAAGAAUUAAUAAAAUUGAAGCGGAAGUCUGGGAUGAGUUGGAAAAUAUAAAGAGUGAAUACAGAGCAGGAUUUCAGUCAAUCCAAGAAUCUCUAAAUUCUCUUCAACAAAUACAAGAGACAAAGGUGACCCUGGAAACCAAGAAAGUCCAUAGAGACAUCAAGCAAUUACGGCGCAAUAUUGUAGAAUUAAAGGAUAUGUAAGAUUUCCCUCGAAUCCUAACAUUAAGCCAUAACACGGCUUGUAUUUCUAUACUUGUAUCUCUCCAAUGCAAUGGCUUUAAACAUGCAGGUUGGACAACUCUCUCUAAAUUCUCUGUGGUGUGAAGAAUUGGAAAUUAUAGACAGAACUUCUUGCUUUAAGUUGUCUCCAAAAUAAUGAUUUUCCGCACAGACUGGAUGCAUCAUUCUGGGAAUUAGAGGGUAGAACAUAUCCAGUAUUAGAGCACACGCACCUGUAACUUUCUUGCUCACACUUUACAGUAGCAAGAACACAUUUAUAAAUCGUAUAAACCAAUUCAUAUGAAUAUUCAGUAGCAUUUGUUUUAAUCUGCUCAAACCCAUUUACUGAUAUUGGCCAAGACAGGAACUCCUGGCAACCAAAUAUAUUGUUACAGUAAAUGAGCCCAGAUUGUCUAGAUACUCUGUUUAAUGCAAUUUUAUAUUAUAUAAUAUAAAGCGAAUUGUUUUUUGGAAUAAAAUAUAUGUAUACUA